GUCUCCCACUCUCUCUGUCUUUUUUCUCUCUCCUCAUUUCUUUCUCUCUCCUCAAAUAUUUUUUUUCUCUCCUUUUUUUUUUCUUUCCCAAAUUGCCCUUCACAGAUAAAUGCUGUAAUGGACGAUUCUUCCACCACCGUCGCCGGAACUUUCUCCGUCGAAUCUCCGGCGACAUCAUCGUUGAUGAUCACAACAAUCGACGGUUCUGAUCUUCGCAAAACUACAACAAACGAAAGUUGCGCAACCUCUACUGUAUCAAACCACCAAAAUAAUAAUAUUAAUACAAAUAGUUAUAAUUAUAAUAAUAGUAAUAAUAAUAAUAAUAAUAAUGCGAGGUAUAAGUUAAUGUCACCGGCGAAACUUCCGAUCUCUAGGUCACCGUGCAUUACUGUACCUCCUAUGUUCAGUCCGACGUCGUUUAUUGAGUCUCCUGUCUUCCUCUCCAAUCUCAAGGGAGAGCCUUCUCCAACAACUGGUUCCCUCUUCAAGCCACAGAUGAUGCAGUGCACUUCUGGGGGGUCCACCACAUAUCCAUCUGUUAUGAAUAGUGCUAGUACAUUGGAUGGUACUCAAUCAAAUGGCUUUGAAUUCAAACCCAAUUCGGGAUCGUAUUCUUUCGGAGGCUUUUCUUUCCCAGGAUCUCUGGUUUCUUCUGCAGAACUGAACCAACAGCAAGCUGGGCAAGUUAACCAAGUCCAACCGGAGUGCCCUUCUCAGACGUCUGAUCCACCUGUAGUAGUUAAAAGUGAAGUUGCACCCACAAAUGAACAGAGAUCAACAAUGGCUCUUCCAUCCUCUGCCGUACCUCCUGAAGUUGAUUCGAACGAACUCAAUCAGAAAGAUGACUCGAACAAUGAAGGCCAGACACCACCAUCUGAACAGAAAGGACUAGGAUCUCAAGUAUCUGAGCGAACAUCAGAUGAUGGUUAUAACUGGAGAAAGUAUGGACAGAAGCUUGUUAAGGGAAGUGAAUUUCCUCGAAGUUAUUAUAAAUGUACGCAUCCAAAUUGUGAAGUAAAAAAAUUGUUUGAGCGAUCUCCUGACGGAACAAUAACUGAGAUUAUAUACAAGGGUACACAUGAUCAUCCAAAACCUCAACCUAAUCGCCGACUUCCUGCGGGGUCUAUGAUGUCAGCUCUUGAAGAAAAGUCUGACCGCGUGCCUCCAUUUAAUGGUCAAGAAGGAAUGCCAGCGAAUUCGUAUGGUCAAACAGCCCAUAACAAUGAAUCGAGUGGCACGCCCGACCUGUCCCCCUGUGGAGCUAAUGACAACAGUGGAGAUCUUGGUGCUUCCCAAUUAAAUAGGGUCACCGAUGACGCUGAUGACGAUGAUCCAUAUGCAAAGAGGAGGAGGAUGGAAAUAGGUGAAAUGGACAUCAAUUCAGUAGUUAAGCCUAUCCGAGAACCACGUGUUGUUGUUCAAACAGUGAGUGAGGUUGAUAUUCUUGAUGAUGGGUAUCGCUGGCGCAAGUAUGGGCAGAAGGUGGUGAGAGGAAACCCUAAUCCAAGGAGUUACUACAAGUGCACUCAUCCCGGAUGCCCAGUCCGGAAACACGUGGAGAGGGCUUCCCAUGACCCUAAAGCCGUUAUAACCACAUACGAGGGAAAACACAAUCAUGAAGUACCUACUGCGCGGAAUAGUAGCCACGACACAGCGGCUCCAACAGCUACAAGCAUGGCAUCAAGGAUGGGGUCACGUGAAGGCAAUGACGCAGUAAGCCUUGAUCUGGGUGUCGGGAUAAGAUCAGGUUCCGAGUUUGUACAAGGUCAUCAGCAGCAGGCUAUGGCUGGUGAACAUUUACCGGGCCAGCCCCAAUAUAGCAGUCACAAUCUCUUGUUGCUUCAACCAACACAAAUGUCAACUUUUCCUGGUUAUGUAAAUGGUGGUAUGGUGCUUUAUGGUUCUAGGGAAAACCACAGUCAAGGGCAUAGUAUUGGAAAUCAGCCUGUAAAUCACUCUUCUUCUAAUUCAUAUCAGCAGAACAUGGGAAGAAUACUCAUGGGUCCAUAGAUUUAGCGGAGGGAACGAAAAAAAUGACAAUUUUAUUUUCUUCUCUCUGUUAUAUGUUGUAUUUAUUUCUUUAUCGAAAUAGGAUGGCUAGUUAUCGCAUUUAGUUGAUCAAAUUCUCGUUGCUUAUUAGCUAUUUAUAAUGGCUAUGUUUCGGUUUAACUAGCUAUCCAACCAGAAAGACACUAAAUCUCGUCGGCGUAGCCGAGAGCUUGUGUACAGUUUGUAAGCAAGCAUCAGAUUUUUUUGGUGUAAAAUGAAAAAAAAAAGUCCUUUUUGGAGUAA